CGUGGAGGAUUUGCGGCGGCCAUCGCUGAAUGCGCGGGUAUGGGAACUUGUGCCGACACUGCGCAGACGGUGAAGAUCUCGGAGUGUGUCCGCUAUAACGGGUUCCACGUUCCUGUUGGGGGUGUCGACGACAAUCCGGCGGGCCGCCAUAGCAGAGCUCGCACUCUGCCCCUCCGUCGAAGUUGUGUGAGACUGCUGCCUUCCCCGUUCACGUGGAGAGAGUGGAACUGUGGAACGACGGUGCCGACGGCUGACGCAAAGGGUGGUGAAAGCACAUUGCACGACGUCAUCAUGGUUGGAGAGCUGCAGCGCGGUGGCAACGCCUUGACAACUUUGGAGAGAAAUGCGGUGGUUGCAGCUGUUUCGGCGGUCGCCAUGCGAUAUCGCAUCGAGAGAACGACAGCGCGCCUCAAGAUGAGACUGUCGAUUCGCAGGCAGUGUCAGCUCCUGCAACAAGUGAUGGAGGCGCCCGACUGUGUGUCCAUAUCCGAAUCCAUUGUCCAGUUUUGUUGCGCCAUCGCAUCCGGUAUGAUCCCGUGGGCGACUCCGAGGUGGUGGAUGAGGAGAAGGACGGGAGGCACAUGGGAGGAUCUCCGGAAGAUGGACGACACGGCAGACGACUACUACAAGGAGAAGUUUAGGAUGUCCCCGAGGGUGUUCCGGGAGAUCGUGGAGGCGUUGUCCCCUCUUUUGCAGCGGAGGCGGGCGCUCGUUCUGUGCGCCUUCGAGGCCAAGGGUUUCCCCAACUGCUAUGGAUGCAUAGACUGCACGCACAUAUAUGUGGAUAAACCGGCGAACGCACCGUCGGAGAACUACUUUGAUCGAAAACAUCGUUUCUCCGUUGUUGCGCAGGUGGUGGUGGACUUGGACUUGCUCAUCAGGGACAUUUUCGUCGGUUAUCCGGGGAGCUGCCAUGACAUUCGUGUGCUUCAACUUUCCAGUAUGUGGGCGCGUGCGGAGGAGGGGGAUCUUUUCCGUGGACCAGCCGUGGUGCUGUCGUUCGGAGUGAAGACACACGGGUACUUUCUCGGCGAUAACGGCUAUCCUCCUCUGGAGUGGAUUGUCGUGCCUUACGGGGGGACCGAUCAAUGCGCCGACGAAGAGAGGUUCGACAACAAGCAGAAGGUCGCUAGAGGAGCAAUGGAGAGAGCUUUCGGGAGAUUGAAGGGGAUGUGGAGGUUGUUCCUCCGUACACACAAAUCCAAUAUGGACACUCUCCCGCAACAGCUCCAAGCCGUGUGCAUUUUGCACAACAUCCUCCUCGAUGCUGGCGUGGAAUUCGACGAGAACUUGUUGUGGGAGGUGGACGCUAAUGGUGUGCGCCGACGCGUGGAUUUGGGGAUCGAUCACCCACCCCACCCCAUCGAGGAAAACUUUAAUCGGCCCCGUGCGCUGGCGUUGCGCGAAGCGUUGACGGAGCGCAUGAAGCACUAGUGAACGAGCAAACUCCCUCGACGGCGGUAGCUACCGCAUCGAUGGGGGGGGGGGGGGGGGGGGGGGGACUGGUGAUGUUCGGGAGGCGGCGGUUGUUGUUGUGUUCCGGCGGGAGUGUGGUGUGCUGGGAACAGUUGUGAAGGGUCCUUGCAGUUGUUUUGAUUUGUUUACUUUACGGUCUUGUUCGUUGAGACAUUUUUUUGUUUUCCUUUUACGAUAAUUUACUUGGCGUGACUUUUAAUCAUUUCGCGAACCUUUGAAGUGCAGACGACGGUGUCGUCUUUGUUGUGCUAGUUUUUGCAUAUCUGCAUCAUUGAAUGCGCUUUCGUGUCAUCUAUGAGUUCUUUUGUUGCGUUAAUCGGUUGAUGCGUUUUUUUUAUAUCAUUCAGUUCAUGCAUCAACAAAAGAGGCACCUUUUU